GAGGAGGGUAGUGGAGGAAAGGCAUGGAGGGGAGAGGAGGCGGGGAGGGGAGGAUUGGUGUGGAGUGAAGCCGAGGCAUGGAAGGGAAUGUGGAGGUGUAGUGGAGCGGGAGCAUGGCAAAGAAAGGAGACAUGUGGCCCCUCCUAUGUCAGAUAGUGCGGACUCAGAUGUGCAGCAGAACAAGCGAACCAAGAGACAGAAAUCAAGGGGACCCAUAUAUACCAAAGAGGAGAAUGCUGCAUUGGUUGCUGCAGUAUCAAAAGAAAAAGUGACACUCUUCUGCCAAUCCGUGCCAGCAUCUGAGAAGUCAGCAGCCUGGGAACGAGUCCGGGACUCCGUGAAUGCGGUCUCCAAGUUUCACAGGCCCACCAAUGGCGUCAGACACAGGUUCUAUGAUUGUCGGGCAACGGUUACAAAGAAGAUGCAGAGGCUUCGACUGGGACAAAACCGAGGAAAGCCUAUCAAGUUGCGAGAGUGGGAGGCGGAGCUAAGAGAUGUCCUUCUGGCAGAGGAUGUCCCUGGAUUCAGCAGCAGGGGUCAAAAUCAUAGAGCUGGUGAUCAAGAAACAUCAUCCUUGGAAGGAUCAGCUCCAACUCCAAGUACAUCCUAUCAACAACAUUCUGGUGAAAGCUGCAUUCAAGACCCUCCAGCAUCGGCUUCUGGCAGGACCAUUGCUCCUCCUCAGGAUCAGCAAUACCACCCUGAGAGGAGAGUACAGUGCAGCCCGCACUCUCCUGUUCUUCUUUUGGAGAGGCUGGAGAUUCAGCCAGAGAUUACCCCUAUCAUUCCCCAGACUCCUGAUUUCUCCCCCGGCCCAGAGGAGGAGCACAGAGGACAAGGUUCAUUCAUUCAGCCACCCCAUGCCCUGAUGCCACCUACUGCUGUACCGCCUUUCCCAACUGUGCAGGAGAUCAUUCUGAGGGAGCUUAUAGAAUUAAGGUGUGACAACCGAAAACUACAACGAAAGGUCAAAAGGCUUACCCGGCUUACCCAUCAGUUGAGCAGGCAGCAAACUGAGAGUUUUGAAAUAAUUUUGGCCCGGGCAAGCCAACAACACAAUUAGGCAUUGGACAGAGUAUAUUUUGUUUACUUGAAGAUAUUUCCAGACACAUUGCUCCAAUGCCUGGGAGCUACGAUGAACAUAUAACCAACAAAGACGUUUUGAAAAAUGAAGGCUAGACCUUCCUCUGCCCAUCUCAUCGCAAAUUAUUAUGCAGAAUCGAUCUUUUUACUGUUCCUUGAUUUUGGUAGAAACGUUUUCUUAUGCUGCCAAGUUACACCUACCCAGCAUGUGUGUUUGUAAUUUCUAUGAAAAUAUUUUUUUUUUUGUGAAUAUAAAACUAUUUUUGGUCUAA